GAGAUACGGGGAAACACGAAAAAGAGAGAGUGAGUGCGGCGAGAGCAGGAAAGAAGGGAGGGAGAGAGAUAAGGGGAAAACUGCAAAUUUGGUGGCCAGGCUUCCCAGUGCGCACAGAUCUCUCGUCGGCUGCACCGUCCGACCAGCUCUCCGCUCUGCAAGAUGAGUUCGUUCAGCACGAGGGCUCUGACGCUGCUCUCGUCAGUCUUCGGAGCCUGCGGUUUGCUGUUGGUGGGUGUUGCCGUGUCAACAGACUACUGGCUGCUGAUGGAGGAGGGAAUCGUCCUGCAGCAGAACCAGACCACCGAGGUCAAGAUGGCGCUGCACUCCGGCCUCUGGAGGGUCUGCUUCGUGGCCGGACCAGAGAAGGGAAGAUGUGUGGCGGCAGAGUAUUUCACCGAGCCAGAAAUAGAGAUCACGACAGAAAAUACAGCCAACAUACUCAAAAUGGUUCGAACUGCCACUCCCUUCCCCAUGGUCUCGCUGCUCUUCGUCUUCACCGCCUUCGUCAUCAGCAACAUUGGACACAUCCGACCGCAGCGCACCAUCCUCGCCUUUGUUUCCGGAAUAUUCUUCAUACUGUCAGGUCUCAGUCUGGUGGUUGGUCUGGUCUUGUAUAUCUCCAGUAUUAAUGACGAGGUGAUGAACCGACCCAGAGAGCCAGAGCAGUUCUUCCACUACCGCUACGGCUGGUCCUUCGCCUUCGCCGCCUCCUCCUUCCUCCUGAAAGAGGGUGCAGGAGUGAUGUCCGUCUACCUCUUUAUGAAGCGUUAUGCAGAGGAGGAGCUUUACAGGCCACAUCCCGCCCUCUACCGACCCCGCAUGUCCGAAUGCAGCGACUACAGCGGCCAGUUCCUCCAUCCAGACUCCUGGCCUCCACCACAGCGGGGCCGCAGCGCCUCUGAGGUCUCCUCUGACAUCUCCAUCCAGCUCAACCAGACUCCACCUUCGCAGUCACAACCCAAGGGGGGCAGCAGCUCCCAGCAGACGCCUUCUUCCUCUGGGCCUUCAUCAGCGGCCAGCUACCAGCUCCAGCCGGCAUCCUCCUCCUCCACCUCCUCCUCUUACCCACAUCCCCUCCACCUGGCCGCCACCUCCACCCUACCCAGAGCAUCCCACGGCCACCCUCAGCCACACCCCCACCCGAGCGGGCCCCCGCCCCAGUCCUUGCCCAUGGGGGUGCCACCCUCAGCCGUGCCUCCUCCACGCUAUCAUCACACGCACAUGAGAAUGAGCGCCUCGCCAUGCUAGGCUACAUACACAAAACACAACUGGGGGGGAUUAGAUUGGUUACAGCUCUUACACACCACAAGACAACACACACAAACACAAAUCCUGUUUCCUCGAAGUGUGUGGGAGGAGGGAAGCAGCAGAGUGGAUGAAGGAGGGAGGUUUAAUGAGAUCAAAAAGAGGAGAGAGGAGGAAAGAAAAGAGGGGAGGAGGGGAGGAGGGCGGAAGAAGCAGGUGGGUGGAGGGAUGACUCACUGCUGAUGCCGGGCCCGAGAUGAAGACAGACACUUAACAAAACUU